AUGGGGAAAAACAUUAUUACACAUGUGACUGAAUUCAUUCUCAUGGGCAUCACAAACCAUCCAGAGCUAAAAGAACCCCUCUUUAUUCUGUUUUUCCUCAACUACAUGGCCAUCAUUCUGGGAAACCUGGGUCUGAUCAUCUUAACUAGCAUCGAUUCCCACCUCCAAACUCCCAUGUACUUUUUUCUCAGGCAUCUGGCAUUUGUUGAUCUAGGAUAUUCCACAGCUAUUGGUCCAAAAAUGCUGGUUAGUUUCAUAGAGGAGAAAAACAUCAUUUCCUAUCAUGAAUGUGCAAUACAAUUAGUUUUUGUUGCAAAAUUUCUCACCAGUGAAUUUUUUAUCUUGUCAGCCAUGGCCUAUGAUCGUUAUGUGGCUAUCUGUAAGCCGCUCCUCUAUAUGGUCAUCAUGACAGACAGAGUAUGUUGGAUCACAAUGGCUGUCUCAUAUCUCUAUAGUAUCAUGGUGUCCCUACUGAUCACAAUAAAGAUUUUUAAAUCAUCUUUCUGCAAAUCAAACUUAUUAAGGCAUUUCUUUUGUGACAGUCUCCCUCUUUUGUCCAUUAUGUGCUCAGAUACAAGUGAGAUUGAACUAAUCAUUAUGACCCUGGCUAUAUUGCAUUUAAUUCCUUCCUUCUUGAUUAUCCUUGUCUCUUACAUGUUCAUUCUUGUGACCAUCCUCAGGAUGAACUCUUCUGAGGGCAGGCACAAAGCCUUUUCCACCUGUGGCUCUCAUCUCACAAUGGUGGUUGUGUUUUAUUCCACACUUUUCUUCAUGUACCUGCAGCCCCAAUCUAGCCAUUCCUUUGAUACAGACAAGAUGGCUUCUGUGUUUUACACUCUUAUUAUUCCCAUGCUUAAUACUAUGAUCUACAGCUUGAGGAACAAAGAGGUGAAAGGGGCUUUGAAAAGACUUCUUAAAAAACUGAUGUAA